UACCUUGCCUCCUAUUGGCCGAUGCGACUUCAGACCCAAUCUGCGUGCCCAAUCAGUAACAGGGAUUUGAGGAAGGAGGCGGGGCUCCGCGCACCUCAGGAAAACCAGCGAGGGAUUCUCAUGACAGAAAGACAAUGACAAAAACUUUAAAACAGGCUUUAAAAACCCAUUUUGGGUUCGACGGCUUCAGAUCUAAACUGCAGGAAGAUGUAGUUAAGGCGGUCAUUAAAGGUGACAGGGACGUGUUUGUGUGCAUGCCCACUGGAGCAGGAAAAUCUCUAUGUUACCAGCUGCCUGCAGUGUUGGCUAAUGGCAUCACUCUGGUUAUUUCCCCGCUCAUCGCUCUUAUUCAGGAUCAAGUAGAUCAUCUGAGGGAGCUUAAUAUUGCUGCAUGUUCCAUCAACUCCAAGCUCCCGGCAGGGGAGCGUCGUCUCAUCCUGACCGACUUGGAGAGCAGCAGCCCACGGCUGAAGCUCCUCUAUAUCACGCCAGAAAUGGUAGCAUCUCCCUCUUUCCAGCCAUGCCUCACAGGUCUGUGCAAUCGUGGACUGCUGUCCUAUCUGGCUGUGGACGAGGCUCACUGCGUCUCUCAGUGGGGCCACGAUUUCAGACCAGACUACCUCAAACUGGGUCUCCUGCGCGCCCGCUUGCCUGGAGUUCCUUGUCUGGCUCUGACAGCGACAGCACCCAAGAAUGUACAGGAGGACAUUAUGAAGUCAUUGCAGCUGCGUUUGCCCCUUUCUUUUGUCACGCCAGUUUUCCGCAGUAAUUUGGAGUACGAUGUGAUCUUUGUAGAACUGCUGCCGAACCCCUAUGUGCACUUACACGCCUUUGUUAAGAAGGCACUGGCAAUGGACAGUGGAAAACACGGACAGGGAUGUGGAAUUGUUUACUGUCGAACCAGGGAAGGCUGUGAGACUGUGGCUCACCAGCUGACCAAGCUUGGUGUUCUGGCCAAAGCUUAUCACGCAGGUUUGAAAGCAGGAGAUCGCAGUGAGGUUCAGAACGAGUGGAUGCAGGGGAAGGUGUUGGUGAUUGUUGCCACUAUCAGUUUUGGCAUGGGCGUAGACAAAGCCAACGUCAGAUUUGUAGCUCACUGGAACCUGGCUAAGUCAUUGGCCAGUUACUACCAGGAGUCUGGACGUGCAGGGAGAGACGGACUGCCCUCCGCCUGUCGCACGUACUACUCCCGCAAAGACAAGGAGCAAAUAAACUUCCUCAUCCGUCAGGAGAUCCGCCGCAGACAGGAGAAGCGUGGAUCUGCAAAAGAGACGGACAAAGCGGCCAUCACAGACUUUGAAGCCAUGGUGUUGUUCUGUGAGCAAGAAAAAUGCCGUCACGCCAUCAUCUCCCAGUUCUUCGGGGACAAGAGUCCAAACUGUGCGGGAGCCUGCGACUUCUGCCGCAACCCCAAAGUUGUCCGGGCCCAGCUGGAGAAAGCGGCGGUCCUCAGCACCAGGACCGUAGCAGCUCAGAGCAACAAGCCCAAAGGACCGUUCGGUUUCCAGGCGGAUCUGUACGGCGGUGGAAAGACAGGAUACGGCUUCGAAAGGUAUGAUGAAGGUGAAACUGGCAGUGGUGAAGAAGAUACCGGUAAGAGGAAAAAGGAAUUUUCGGAUCUGUUUAAGAAGCAGAUGAAACUGCGGAAGGGAGCUGAUGGUUGGAGGGAGGAGUUCGUCCCCCCAGAUCCUUACUGUCCACUCAGAGACGCUGACAGCCAGAAGAUUCCCAAACUCACAGUGAAGGCCAGAGAACACUGCUUGCACUUAUUGGAGGAGGCAUUGCACGGCCACCAGGGGGCAGAAGACGCAUUCAACUCUGACACCCAGAUGUUGGCGGUGGACAUCGAGUUUGAGGUCUUUAAGAACAGCAAGUCGGCCAACUUGUACAAGGCGGCUGUACUGAAGAAGGUGGGAGACAUGAAAAAAGAACCGACGAGUUCUUCCGCUGCGGGAACAAGUGGAGCAAAUGGUCAAAUGAACAGCAUAAAAUCAGGAGAAGUUCAGUCAAAAGUGAAAGAAGAGGCGUCCGCCUCGUCUUCUGUGUCCUGUUCUGAGGAGCUGCAGGGAUUCAAACCUGCCUCGGAAGUCUACUCAAUGAAGCGUAAAAGGAUAGGGGCGGGUCAGAGAGGCUCCUCCGACCCCUUCCUAACUGCCAAGGAACUGCUGAAGGCCUCAGCUUCUAACAAAGAGUCAGAGGGCGGCGGGUUUUACGCCGACGGCUCAGAAGGUUCCAAGGUGUUGAGCGCAGACAAAUCUGCAGCCGUGACUUCGACCAUCAGAGACAGAGCAAACGCAGCCGCCGUCUCCAUGAACAGUCCAACAAAAGGAGGCAAAGCCAAGAGUAAGAAGCAGCAGAUGUUGGCAGAGGCGGCAAAGAACACCCGCAACAUUUCUCAGUACUUUGCGAAGAAAGAGACAGUAGAAACAAUCCAAACGGAGCCACAGGAGCAGGAGAGCACAAGUACUGCGUCAGCGGAAACUGCCAGUGUGAGCCAAUCAGCAGAGACGAAUCAGUGUUUGGACACUGAAGGGGCAGAGACUCAGGAUGUGAUUCUUGUGGAAAGAAAAUGUGAAGUUGUAACAAUAGAUGAUGGUGAUGAUAAAAAUGAAGAGGAGCAAACCCACGAAACCACCACUUUGGACCUAAAGCCAGAAAACGAUGAACCUUCUGAGGAUGGGAGCCAAAACCAACCAGAAGACAAAGCUGAAACUGUUCUGCCUGGAGCGGUGACACAUGACAUGAAAACCAACGGUGAGUCGUCUCCUCCACUGAAGCGCAGUCGUGCCGCAGACAGCAGCUCCAAGCGUGUGACCUUCAACCCCAAGGUGCAGCAGAGGGCGCUGCAAUCUGCCAAGGAGCCACCAAAGUCUGUGACACUGAAGGAAGCAGCAGACAUUGUGGUCCACUACCUGGAUCCUUUUUACACUCAGGGAAAGUUUGCCACAAAGGAACUGUUCAAGUCCUUCGCUCGAUACUUGUCUCACCUUCUCGCAGAAGGAAGGUCUCAAGGAAAAGUUCAAGUUAAAGCCGAAGCCAAAGCUCUGAUCAAGAAGUUCUUCAGCAGAGUUCAACGCUGUGAGAGCGAAACGGACUGGAAGCACCUUAAACGUCCUCAUGGUUCUAAAGCUACUGAGAGCAAAGAAUGAUGGGAAAGGAGAGUGUAGUUUUGUUUUUGUUUUGUUUUUUUCUAUGGACAGGGAUUUAACCAGCUGCAUGGUUGAGUUGCUGUUUGCUGCUACAGUGGUUUAAGUCAAUAAAAACAGCAAUAAAACACAGACAGUUACAGCCUUAAAGAGAAACAUUUGCACUGUGUACACACAAAAAAAAAACAUUACUUAUUGAUCUCCUACUGGCAAAAAUCAGGGAUUGACAUCCACAGAUAAAGGGAAUUUCCUCUGUGUUCAUUUACAUAUAGCGUUGUGAAAUUAUUAAUGAUUAUUUUAUUUUCGGAGGACCACAAAUGUCUCAAGUUAAAAUAUUUCACUUAUUUAUUGAGACCUUUUUGAAGAAAUGAUCAAACAAAUCAACUGGCGAUGUUGGAUGUUUUUUUAUGUUUGUUUGGGGUUUUUUUUGUGCUGCUGCUACUUAUUGUAUCAAUUCCCCCUGUUGCUUCAUAAGUGACAGAUAAUGUAGGACUUGAUUUUGUUUUUGUGCUUUUAUUUUUUAGACUCUCUAAUUUUUGUUUAUGACAUUUAUCCUACUGAUGGACAUAUUAGUUAUACUGUAAGAGACCACAGUCGGUCUGCAAAGAAAUGGGAAACCAAAAGAGUACUUGAGGCGGUGACGGCCAAAGACUGGACUGUGUAGAGUCUGCUCAGCCAUCAUCUGUUUACACUUUAUUUCUCUACGUUUACAAUAAAGUCAGUGCUGAAUAAAAGGCGGUCCAAACUGG